GGCACGCUGGUCGCGGCCGUCGCCGCCGCCGAUGCCGGCACUGGCUGCGGUGGUGCUCGACCUGGUGCACCUUGACCCGCGACAAAGGAUGGCCGCUCAGGAGGCGGCGCGGCGGCUCCCGCCGCCGGGCUCCUGGUUCGAGGCCGGGUCGUGGUGCGACGACAUGCAGACCGGCGACGCGGAGGCCUCGCGGGCGGUGCUGGAGGCGCGCUGCGAGGCCCUGAUGGAGACCCUGAAGAUCGAGUUGGAUGGUAGCAUCGG